CCUGCAGCUGCAACCUGCACGCCCGGCGCUGCCGCUUCAACAUGGAGCUCUACAAGCUGUCGGGACGCAAGAGCGGGGGCGUCUGCCUCAACUGCCGCCACAACACGGCCGGCCGCCACUGCCACUACUGCAAGGAGGGCUACUACCGCGACAUGGGCAAGCCCAUCACCCACCGGAAGGCCUGCAAAGCCUGCGACUGCCACCCCGUGGGCGCUGCUGGCAAAACCUGCAACCAAACCACCGGCCAGUGUCCCUGCAAGGACGGCGUGACCGGCAUCACCUGCAACCGCUGCGCCAAAGGCUACCAGCAGAGCCGCUCCCCCAUCGCCCCCUGCAUAA